AUGUCUCAAAAUCUCUUUGAUACAUUAACUGAAUCUUUAAUAUAUGGUAUUACUGGAGUAUUUCCAACUGGUUCAUUUACUCAAGUUGUCCAAGUUGGAAGUGGUAUGACUGGAUUUUUAAAUGUUAGUGUAAAUACAAUAAUUCGUUUAAUUAUUUUAUUGUUUCAUAGUAAAAUUGAUGCAGAUCAAUUAUCAUUUUAUAUGUAUACGAGUGUAUUAAUAAUCUUAGCUGGUUUGGCUAUAUUUAUGUUUGCUUAUCGUUUAAUAGAUAUUCCUUCAGUUAAUAUAAGAAUGAAUCAACAAAUGGUUUCAUUUAAACGGGAAAAUCCUGGUGAUAUUGUUGAAUUACAUCUUGUUGAAAAUGAACUUUCAUUUUGGGAAUUAACAAAAAAGUUUUAA